GCCGCCUGCACUGGCGGGCGCGGAGGGGGUGGGGCUAAGGGGGCUCGGGCGUCCGGCGGGGCUGGGGUUGUUGUGCUGUGCGGGUAGCGAUAAAUAAAUCGUAACUUGGCGGGGGUGAGGGCUCACCGCCGGUCCGGUCCCGAAGGCCCGGCAGCGGCCCGGCCCUAGACUGGGGACUGCCCGGGGGUCCCGGGGGCGCGGUCUCCGCCGCCCCUCCGCUUCUGGGCCGCGCGGGAGCUCCCGAGGAGCUGCCCCGGUGCCGCACCGCGCGGUUUGACAUCGUUCCGUACCACCGUGUUCCGACGGGAACCGCAUCUCGGCGCCGUAAGGAGCAGCAGCACCGAAGGCUCGGUCCUGGUGCCACGAAACUCCGUGUGUUCGGCCGGGAAGGCUCCGUCCGAAUGCAGAAAAAUGGGUGCAGGACGCUGCGGUGGGACGAAACCUUGGUGGCUGAGCGCAGGCCUCGUGACCAGGAAGAUGGAGCUCCAGCGGGGAGCUGAUCCCACGUGCAGUAUCUGCUGCCCCCAGUUCACCGGAGCGAUGUACCCACAUUUCAUCAGGCAGCAGCGGACCAGCCUGGAUAUUCUCAGGAACCGUAAACACAGCGGCACAGCAACACAGAAGCAGAGCAGACACAAGGCCCUAUCACAGAAGCAGCCUGCUGUUGAAUUGUGUGCAAACAGAAACACCAGGACCCGGAGCAUAUGAUGUAGACAGGGGCUAUCAAGCUUGCUUACCCAGCUCCCCCAGCAUCACCAUCCAAGGAGUCAGGAGACCCAAGAGACACGAAACCGGCCCCUUUACAACAUUCUGAGAUGGAGGACUACAGAAUUCCACCCCUAACCACAGGCCUUGCUCUUCAGUAGUGAAAAGCGCACAGAAGUUCAU